GAGGGGUACGUCUCCAUGGUUACAACAUCCUGACCUGCAAACACACAUUCACCUCGUUCAGACCGACAAACAUGCACCGGUCGUACCACACGUUCAAACCCGUCACCAACCGAUACCUGCAGCAGCGAUGGGACCAGAGCGACUACGACAACCACCGCAGGAAGGUAAGCUCCGCCCUCCCUCUAGUGGCCACCAGGGGCACCAGGACACCAGCUCACAUCACACUCAAGCUGAAGAAGCUGCAGCUGCAGGACGAGCGUCUGUCCACCAUCGACAGAGACAACCGCCUCCUGUCCUCCAGACUGGCCGACAUCGUCUGCUCUAAAGGUCUCGUGGACCAUCACAACCACUCACAUCAGACAGAUUAUUGUUUUCACCUCGUCUCCUUCAGUCUUAACGCUGACAAGAGGAGGGAGGAGCUUCUGCUGGUUAGUCGCCAGAAUCAGGCCAUCUACCAGCGAAUCACGUCCCGCCAGUCGGAGUAUCGCCGCCAGCUGUGGUUGGACGACUGGGAGAGGGCGGCGUGCCGGCAGCAAAACAUUUCCCAGUUCCCCAGAGGCCUCACAGAAAAACAGGUAGAAGAAAAAACUACAUGUGUGUGA